GUCUGCAUUGUAGAGGGCUCUGGUUUUCCUGCUCCGGUCUGCUACGAGUUUUUGUGGGCGUAAAAGAUUCAAUUCUUUUAACGAAUUGGUAUUUAUUUACGAUUUAAGAAACAUUCAUCAUGACUGAUGCAAAGUAUUUCACGACUACGAAAAAAGGAGAAAUAUUUGAGUUAAAAAGUGAACUGAAUAGUGACAAGAAAGAAAAGAAGAGAGAGGCUGUGAAGAAAGUUAUAGCAUCUAUGACUGUAGGAAAAGAUGUCAGUGCUUUAUUUCCCGAUGUUGUUAAUUGUAUGCAAACUGAUAAUCUGGAAUUGAAGAAACUUGUGUAUCUUUAUUUAAUGAAUUAUGCAAAAAGUCAACCAGAUAUGGCUAUAAUGGCUGUUAAUACAUUUGUGAAGGAUUGUGAAGAUCCAAAUCCAUUGAUCCGAGCUUUAGCAGUGAGAACAAUGGGAUGUAUUCGUGUUGAUAAAAUCACUGAAUAUCUUUGUGAACCACUCAGGAAAUGUUUGAAAGAUGAGGAUCCUUAUGUAAGAAAAACUGCUGCUGUAUGUGUUGCAAAGUUACAUGAUAUCAAUGCCCAGCUUGUAGAAGAUCAGGGAUUUUUGGAUCAGCUUAGAGACUUACUUUCUGAUUCAAAUCCAAUGGUAGUAGCUAAUGCUGUUGCUGCUUUAUCAGAAAUAAAUGAAACUUCAAGCAGUGGUCAGCCUUUGAUUGAUAUGAAUGCUCAAACAAUUAAUAAAUUAUUAACUGCUCUAAAUGAGUGUACAGAAUGGGGUCAAGUAUUCAUCUUAGAUUCUUUAUCUAAUUACACACCUAAAGAUGAAAGAGAAGCUCAAAGCAUUUGUGAAAGAAUCACGCCAAGACUUGCUCAUGCAAAUGCUGCAGUAGUUCUUUCAGCUGUAAAGGUAUUAAUGAAAUUUAUGGAAAUGAUGAGCCCAGAUUCAGAUUUUGUAUCAACAUUGACGAAAAAGCUUGCACCUCCACUUGUGACGCUAUUAUCCAGUGAACCAGAAGUUCAAUAUGUGGCUUUGAGAAAUAUAAAUCUUAUUGUACAAAAGAGGCCAGAUAUUUUAAAGCAUGAAAUGAAAGUUUUCUUUGUUAAGUAUAACGAUCCAAUAUAUGUAAAGUUAGAAAAAUUAGAUAUUAUGAUCAGACUUGCGUCACAAGCAAAUAUUGCUCAAGUUCUGGCAGAAUUGAAAGAGUGAGUAAAUAUUUCAUGA